AUGGCGGCGGCGACGACGGUUGAUCGACUGGUGUUCGCCUUGAACGGGCAGCGGUACGAGGUGGGCGGAGUCGACCCGUCCACUAGGCUGCUGGAGUUCAUCCGCACCCAGACGCCCUUCAAGGGCCCCAAGCUCGGCUGCGGCGAAGGCGGUUGUGGGGCUUGUGUUGUCCUUAUAGCAGAGUAUAACCCAAAGACGGAUGAAGUGACUGAAUUUACAGCAAGUUCAUGCCUGACACUUCUUUACACUAUAAAUUUCUGUUCUGUUAUCACUACUGAGGGUCUGGGGAAUAGCCACGAUGGCUUUCAUGCUGUUCAGGAAAGGAUGUCAGGGUUUCAUGCCUCUCAGUGUGGCUUCUGCACUCCUGGAAUGUGGAUAUCUAUUUUCACUUCUCUUAUCAAUGCUGACAAAUCCAAGAGGCCUGAACCACCAAAGGGGUUCUCAAAACUAAAAGUAUCAGAAGCAGAAAAGGCUUUCUCUGGCAACAUGUGCAGAUGCACUGGUUACCGUCCAAUUGUGGAUGCCUGCAAAAGUUUUGCAUCAGAUGUUGACUUGGAGGAUUUGGGCCUUAAUAUAUUCUGGAAGAAAGGUGAUAGUAACCCAGAUGUUAGUGACUUGCCAAGUUACACUCUUGGUGGCAGAGUUUGCACCUUCCCAGACUUUCUAAAAACUGAGAUAAAAUCUUUGCUUGGUCAUCUGAAUAAUCCUUGUAUUGCACCCUCCAGGGAGGGUUGGUAUCAUCCGAGAAGUAUCAAAGAAUAUUAUGAGUUAAUAAAUUCUUGUUUAUUUAGUGACUCAGUCAAAGUGGUUGUUGGGAAUACUAGCAGUGGUGUACCAGGAUACAAGGAUCAAGACCUCUAUAGUAAGUAUAUUGACAUAGGAGGCAUUCCAGAACUUUCAAAUAUUGUAAGGAGGGAGUCUGGCUUUGAAAUUGGAGCAGCUACACCAAUCUCUAGGACCAUUGAGAUACUUGAGGAAGAAUGUGAAUCUAUAUCCUCUCCAAACGGAAGUGUGGUUUUCAGAAAACUUGCGAACCACAUGAGCAAAGUUGCUACACCUUUUGUUCAUAACACAGCUAGUAUUGGAGGAAACAUAGUUUUGGAACAAAAAUUCCCAUUUCCAUCAGACAUUGCAACCAUACUCCUUGGUGCUGAACAUGCUAUUAGAGCAAAGAAGGUGGAGGAAUUCCUUACUGGUAAAGCACUCACUGCUUCGGUUGUACUUGGUGCAAUUCAGUUACUUAGAGAAACGGUUGUACCAAUGGAGGGAACAUCACAUCCUGAAUAUAGAGUCAGUGCAGCCGUUGGAUUUCUCUUUAGUUUCCUAUCUCCGCUUUCCAAAGGCAUCCCAGAUCCGGGAAAGUCUCUGACCAGUAGAUCUGCUGAUUCAGCAGAUACAGAUGAUGUCCAUAAUCUGCCAUUAUCAUCACGUCGAGAAUCAUUUUCCAGUGACAAAUAUAAACCAGUCGGUGAGCUGAUUAAGAAGUAUGGUGUUGAACUUCAAGCUUCAGGUGAGGCAGUAUAUGUGGAUGAUAUUCCUGCUCCAAAGAAUUGCCUCUAUGGAGAAUUUAUUUACAGCACACAACCCCUUGCUUAUGUCAAAAGUAUAAAAUUCAAGUCUUCUUUAGCAUUAGAGAAGAUCAUCUCUUUUGUUUCUGCAAAGGAUAUUCCAAGUGGAGGACAAAAUAUUGGAUCAUCCUUCACGUUUGGUGACGAACCACUAUUUGGUUAUCCGAUUGCUGAGUAUGCUGGUCAAGCUCUUGGCAUUGUGAUUGCAGAAACACAAAGGUAUGCUGACAUGGCAGCCAAGCAGGUUAUUAUUGAAUAUGACACAGAAGAUUUGAGUCCACCGAUCAUAACUGUGGAGCAAGCAGUGGAAAAGAGUAGCUACUUUGAUGUCCCCCCAGAAUUGUAUCCUGAAGAAGUUGGUGAUGUUUCCAAGGGCAUGGCAGAAGCUGAUCACAAAAUCCCAUCAACAGAAGUAAAACUUGCCUCUGAGUACCACUUCUACAUGGAAACGCAGACAGCACUAGCAGUUCCAGAUGAGGAUAACACUUUGGUAGUCUACAGUUCGUCACAGUACCCUGAACUUGCACAAAGUGUCAUAGCAAGGUGCCUAGGUAUUCCAUUCAGCAAUGUGCGUGUCAUUACAAGAAGGGUUGGAGGAGGCUUCGGUGGAAAGGCAUUCAGAUCAUUCCAAGUUGCAACGGCAGCUGCACUUUGUGCGUACAAGUUACGACGCCCUGUACGAAUGUACCUUAAUCGCAACACUGAUAUGGUUAUGAUUGGUGGUAGGCACCCAGUGAAAGCUCAUUAUUCUGUCGGAUUCAAGUCUGAUGGGAAAAUUACGGCCUUGCAUCUAGAUUUAUUAAUUAACGCUGGGAUAUCUCCAGAUGCAAGCCCCUUGAUACCAGGCACUAUUAUAUCUAGUGUCAAGAAGUACAACUGGGGUGCUCUGUCAUUUGACAUCAAGCUCUGCAAAACUAAUAAUUCAUCUAAAUCUGUAAUGCGUGCUCCUGGAGAUACACAAGGCUCUCUAAUUGCAGAUGCUGUAAUUGAGCAUGUUGCGUCUGUCCUGUCAGUGGACGCGAACAGCGUGAGGGAAAAGAAUUUUCACACCUAUGGUAUUCUUCAGUUGUUCUGCCCAGAUAGUGCGGGCGAAGCUUCUACGUACACAUUGCAUUCUAUUUUUGAUAGGUUGGUCUCAACUUCAAGCUACCUGGAUCGAGCUGAAUCCAUAAUGGAAUUUAACAAUAACAAGUGGCGGAAACGGGGCAUCUCUUGUGUACCCCUCAUUUUCAAAGUAGAGCCAAGGCCGUCCCCAGGAAGGGUUUCCGUGCUCAAUGAUGGCUCCAUAGUGGUGGAGGUUGGAGGAAUUGAAAUCGGGCAAGGUCUGUGGACAAAAGUACAGCAGAUGACUGCCUUUGCUCUGGGAAAAUUGUGGCCUGAUGGAGGUGAAAGUCUUCUUGAGAGAGUGCGCGUUCUACAGUCUGACACCUUGAACUUAAUACAAGGUGGACUUACUGCUGGCAGCACUUCUUCUGAAUCUAGUUGUGCAGCCACCCUUCAGGCAUGCAAUAUGCUGUUUGAUAGAUUAAAGCCAGUCUUGGAUAGACUGCAGCAGCAAUCAGAAAAUGUCUCAUGGGAUACUUUGAUUUCUCAGGCAAGUUUAUCCUCCUCUAGUUUGUGCUCAUGCUUUGUACAAUACUAUUUCCUGCUGUAG